AUGGCUGCAAAGCAGCAGUCCGAGCUUCUGGGAGACUUGUCACAGCUUGUCAGCUUCCAAAUUUGCGUCCAGAUCCGUGACGGAGUUUGUUGUUUGAGGGGACAACAUGGCAGAUCAGCCACCACCAUAUCAGCAGGGAUCGGCACCGAUGCAGCAGCCAGCCAUGCAGCAGCCCGUGAUGCAGCAGCCAGGGCUCCAGGGGGCGGGGAAGAUGGGCGCGCAGACGUGGGUGGCACCCCCCAGCAGGCCAUCCCAGGAUGCCCCCCUGGUCUGGAGUACCUGACCCAGAUUGACCAGAUCAUUGUGCACCAGCAGAUUGAACUGUUUGAAGCUUUUACCAAUGUCCAAAUGGCCAACAAGUAUGCUAUCAAGAAUUCCAUGGGACAGCAAAUAUUCUUUGCCUAUGAAGACUCUGAAUUCUGCAUGCGUAUCUGUUGUGGACCAAACCGCAGCUUUACCUUUCAUAUCUUGGACAAUGCCGGGCAUGAGGUGAUGCGUAUGCGGCGUGAGUUUAAGUGCUGUGCUGGCUGCCCCUGGUGUGCCUCGUGCGCCCGUGACUGCUGUGCCUUUGAGGUGUACGUGGAGUCACCCCCAGGACAGCUCAUCGGCAUGGCCAUCCAGUCGUAAGUCAAAUAUCAACAACUAGAAAGGCCAAUAUUUGCUUUGGAGCAAAUACAGCGAUGGGUUCACCACAUUUUACGACAUGGCAGGGAAAGAAUGAGAAACA